AUGACACAGAAGUUACUCUAUGUUUCUCCAGUGGAGUCCUUUGUUGAUACAUCCUUUUUUCAGGAGCUUUCACGACUAAAACUUGAUAUACAUGGCUUGAGCACAAGUCAAAUUACUAUACACUCAUAUUUGGAUCUUAAAAAUAUACCAUCAGUAAGUUCUGCAUGUCAUCUAUUCCUUGAUCAGCAGAGUUUUAAUAGUGAAGAUAUUUGUGCAUCUUCGGAGCGUGUGAGAUUGGAAGGAAAGCUCUAUAAUUGCAAUUCACUUGAAGAAUUUAAAAGUUUGGACAAGCAGCAAUAUUUAGCUGAACAAGGUCAGAAGAUUUACACAAAGGCACUUGAAGAUAUAAAUUCUGCUAUCGGAUUUUCCAUAAUUAGUUUUGCGGACCUGAAGAAAUAUGUCUUUUAUUACUGGGUUUGUACACCUUUAUUUCAGCAUGAAAACCAGCAAAUAAGUAUAUUGGAUGGUCCUGAAGAUAUUGACGCAAGCUUUAAUGAUAAGGCAAAGGUAUGGUUUACAAAUCAUUAUAGUAACUGGGUGGCUAUCGUGUUAGAAAAUGGCGAUAUUAAUGAGUAUACCAAGGGUUUGAAUACUUCAUCUAUUAGAGGGUUAUUAAUAAGAGAUACAAGUAACAAACAAGACAUGCCAUCUGCAUUUUUAAGGAAUUUUAUUACGAUAUUUAGUUUAGAUUACCCUGAGGCUAAGGAACUCGAUGUCUUUCUUAUGAGAAGCAGCACUAUCAAAUCCAUUAAAUUAAGAAUACGACUUUCAGAAACGGAACAUACGAAGCUGAAAUUUAGCGGCUGGGAAAGAAAUAGUUUAUCAAAGUUAAUGCCUAGAGCUGUUGAUCUGAGUGCAUUGAUAGAUCCACUUAAAGUAGCUGAACAAUCUGUUGAUCUGAACCUGAAGUUGAUGAAAUGGAGAAUAGCACCAGAACUUGACCUUGAUUGCAUUAGAAACAACAAAGUUUUAAUCCUUGGAUCAGGUACACUUGGUUGCUAUACAGCACGAUCUUUGAUGGCAUGGGGUUGCAGGAAUAUUACUUUAGUAGAUAAUGGUAGAGUAUCGUAUUCUAAUCCUGUUCGGCAGCCACUUUUUGAAUUUAGCGAUGUUGGGAAAGAAAAAGCAGUAGCUGCAGCCGCUUCACUAAAAAGAGUCUUUCCACUUAUUAAUGCUAAAGGUGUUCAACUAGAUAUUCCUAUGAUUGGUCAUCCAGUGAAAGACGAAAAUAAUGAGAGGAAACAUUUUGACGCCCUAGUAGAUUUGAUAAAGUCACAUGAUACAAUGUUUCUCUUGCUGGAUUCAAGGGAAACGAGGUGGCUGCCAACGCUGUUAGGCAAAUUCUAUGAUAAAAUUGUUAUGAAUGCAGCUUUAGGUUUUGAUAGUUACCUGAUUAUGAAACAUGGGAAUAUUGACGAUAAUUUUGGCUGUUAUUUCUGUAAUGAUGUCGUGGUCCCUACGGAUAGUUUAACAGGUAGAACAUUGGACCAAAUGUGUACUGUUACGAGGCCAGGUGUUGCAAUGUUAGCCGCCUCUCAGGCUGUAGAAUUAUUUGUUUCUAACUUGCAAUCCCGUGGACAAGAGAAUGUCUUGGGGGAGUGUCCUCACCAGAUAAGAGGUUUUGUAAACAAUUUUACCACACUCAAGUUGCAAUCCCCAGCAUACGAUAAUUGUUCAGCAUGCUCUAGACAUAUUUUAAAUGAAUAUAAUAAACGAGGUUGGGAUUUUGUGAAACAGGCAUUAAAUGAUAAUAAUUAUAUAGAGGAGCUCAGUGGCUUGAGGAGAAUCAAAGAAGAAGUUGAAAAUAUGGAGUUAGAAGGAGGAGAAAUAAAAAUUAUUGACAGUGAGGAUGAUGGAUUUGAAAUCAUAUAA